UGAUAGAUACUUAUUUUGAUUUAUCCAGUUACAUAAUUUUAAAUGUUUACUCAUUUUCUUUAUUAUGAUUUAUCUAAUUUAUUGCUAUAAUAUUUUAGGUGAUAUUCCUAUGGAUUACAAUGAUCAUAUUGAUAAUAGUGAUGAAGAUCAUUCUUAUGAUGUGGAAAACGAUGAAUAUGAUGAUGAAGAAUUAUAUGAUCUUGUUGUUGCUGGAUAUCAUGUUGCAGUGACAUAUUAUAUGAAAUAUAUUGAUAAACAACCUUGUAGAGAUUCUGAACAAACUGGCUAUAUGUGGUUGAUGGAUUGUUUGACGGGUAAUGAAACGAAAUGUUUAAAAUGAAGCCACAUGUUUUCCUUCAAUUGUGUAAUGUUUUACACCAUACAUAUGGACUUCAGCACACAAGGCAUAUUAGGCUUGAAAAGUCAGUAGGUAUAUGUUUAAUGAUACUUGGACAAGGAGCUUGUUAUAGGAUGGUUCAAGAAAGAUUCCAACAUUCUGGUGAGACUAUACAUAGACAUUUUCAUAGAGUUCUGAAACACCUUAACAUAAUGUCAAUGGAUAUCUUCAAGUCUUCUGACCCUACAUUUAGUGUAGUUCCAAGACAUAUACAGAAGAAUCCAUUGUACAUGCCACACUUUCAGGACUGCAUUGGUGCCAUUGACGGUACACAUAUCCAAGUUGUUGUUGGAGACAACAAGAAAGCUCCAUAUUAUAAUAGAAAGGGUGUGACAUCUUUUAAUGUGAUGGCAGAAUGCGAUUUUGAUUUACUUUUCACAUUUGUUAUGGCUGGAUGGGGGGGGGGGGGGGGGUGGGGGUGCAGCACAUGA